AUGCUCGCCCCCGUCCCCGUCCCCGUCCCCGUCGCCAACGCCCCUCUCGCCGAUCCCCAGACAUCCCUCAGUGUGGCUGAGAUUGCGGAAGAACUCAAGAGGGACACGACAUCUAGAAUGCGCAACCACAGGGGCAACGUCCCCUCAGUCCCCCAGACCAAGACAUGUCCCCUAUGUCCCGCCAAAUUCACAAGAACAACGCAUCUGAGCCGACAUUUGCGGACUCAUACGAGGGAGAAGCUUCACGAAUGCGAUGGGCAGCGCGACCCGCUCCCGGCGCAAAUCCUGUCAGUCAUGUGCCGACUCCAAGGCGCGACGUCUUCUCGCGUAAAAGCUCAGUCCGUCAAGACGGGCGACCGCCUUUCCAAAGUGGACGAUCUGGAGGCCGACUUGCUCGCCAUCCUAGCCGCUCACCCGCCCACUGCGGCUGCCCGAGGGCAGGAUCGACUUAUGUCUCCGUCGACUCUUCCCCGAGACUACCUAGAGUCGCUCCGAGCAUCACUCGCCCGGGAUCCUAGGUCCCCGGCUGCCGAUUUUGGUGGUUCCCUUCCAUCAAGAGGUAGCGUCGACUUCUCAAUUGCCAGUAGCUCAAUGUUCGCGCAGAUCGACCAGACCCCCCUUCCUCCCCAGGGCAACAGCAUGUUCGCAAAUGACAUCUUCCAUGGUCUCAUGGACAACGUCUUCGCACCGUCCCAAAUGAUGUUCCCCCCGACGUCGAGUGCGUGCCAUAAAGCCGUACCAUUAGAAGGCGAAUGGGGUGCUAUGAACAGCGCGUUUAACUCCGAUUUCUCUUUUCAUAUUGGGCCAACUACUGCGGCGCCGAUCCCGGAAGAGGUGUUUCAAAUACCAACCCCAGUGACCGUGCCAAGCAGUUCCUCUGGAUCUGAGACCGCUGGGGUUAGCGAUGCUAGUUCGCCAGCUACAACUACGACUGUGGCUCACGGUGGCCCUUCACCUGUGGAGCUGCAGACUUACCUUGGUUUAUUCUUCUCCGCGUAUCUCCCCAAUAUGCCAAUUAUUCAUGCGCCGACGUUUGACUUGGACAAGGGGUCGCCCAUAUUGCUGGUCGCCAUGCAAGCGUGUGGUGCUUUGUAUGUGAAGACGCGUACAGCUAUCUCGUUCAUUGACUCUGCUCUUGCUCGAGCAAGGGACGAACUAGUUGUGGAGUUUGCGAAAGCGUCAACGGAUUUGCAACAUCAAAUCUGUCUUGCACUUGCUGUUGAUUUAUUCCAGACUCUUGGGUUGUUCCAUCAAAGUCCUGAACAACGCGCAUUCUCCAACGUCUAUCAUGGUAUGCUGGCGAUGAUGAUUCGCCUCAAUGGGUUUGCAGAGAGGAUUUCAACAUGGGAAUCCCCUGAUAACAUUGAUCCAUCGAAUGCGUAUCAAUCAUGGCGGGAGUGGGCGAUGCACGAGACAGCUAAGAGGGCCCUCGCCGUAUCAUAUUUGCACGACUGUUGUCACUCCAUUUACUUUAACCUGCGACCUACCUAUAUCACAUCCGAGUUCGACAUGCGUCUCCCGUGCGAGAACGCAUUAUGGUCCGCGUCUACUGAGGAGGAAUGGCUAGCCAUCCUUAGACAGCCCUCGCCAUAUGGUACCACGUCACAACGUUUAUGCGGGCCUCCGCUUCAGGCGAGCUACGCCCGUUUGGCGGACCCCAGUGGCUCGCUUUCGCCACUAGUGCUUAGCCCAUGGUCACAUAACAUUGUGAUACACAUGAUUCUACGCCAGCUGUUCGAGGACUUCCUCGAGGCGCGACUGCCAGAGCUGGGGACCCAAAACGCACUAUCGGGGUCGAGCAAGAAUUAUAUUAGCCCGGAGAAGAUCCUCUCACUACAACUGACGCUGCAUCAAUGGCUACAGAGUUGGCGGAGCUCACCAGACUCGCCACGGUACUCUGAGCUUGAACCGCGGUUUAUGGACCAAGCAUUGCCGUACUACUGGCUUGCGCAAGUGGGUAUCCUGGCAUACCAGGAGCGAUUACCUCCGUUCAGCGCGAAGACGACGUUCCUCGUUUCGGGCGACGCGAAAUUCCGACUGAUGAAGAAGUGGGAGCGGCAUAUCCGCAAUUUUUUGAAGCGGGGCGCACGAGAGCCGACACUGUUUUUGGACGAGCUCGUCGCGCAUCGCUUAAAGAAGUGGGAGGCAGAUGCGUGUGACGGUGUGGACGACGAAGAGGACGAGGGAAUCAAUUUGCUUGGGUUCUUCCCCGCAUUCUGA